CGCAACUUGCGCUACUGACUGCCUACUCUCGUGCCGCCUGCAAGCCCACUCCGCCUUCCGCUCUGGUCUACGUACGCAUUAGUUCCGCAACACUCGUCAAUGCGCGAGGUGUUCCGGCCUUGGCGACGAAAAGGCUGGCGGUGCUGCUCGUACAUCGACGACUCCGCGCACGCAGACCAGAACGCUGAGACGCUCGUGGCUCGCCGCGAAAUCAUACUCGCAAAACUGGCCGACUUGGGCUUCAACGUCAACCUGGCCAAGUCCAUGCUCGGCCCGCCACAACACCGCUUCCGCUACCUCGGCAUGCUCAUCGACACGUCGGAAGGUGUGUUCAUCGUGCCCGACGACAAGCGCUCACGCGUGCUGGACAGCAUUCGGGGCCUGCUCAAAACGAAGCGGCCCUCCGCGCGGGCGCUCGCCUCCGUAAAAGGCCAGCUAGUCUCCAUGACCUGGGCGAUGGGCCCCUGGGCCCGCCUCCGCACUCGCGCCCUCGGCCAGCUCAUCGAAACUCGUCGCUCCUGGGAAUCACACUUGCGCCUCUCGGAGGAUGCGCGGGACGAGCUCACGUGGUGGUUGGACUCCUUCGACAAGUUCAACGGCCGGCGGCCCCUGUGGCCGCCGGUGCGGGUCACGUCCCUCAUCCACUGCGACGCCGCCGGCCGCUCUGCAGACGGCCUCGGCGGCUGGGGCGCCUGGACCGUCCUGGACGGGCAGCUAUCCGCAGCCAGAGGCAAUUGGAAGCCCGCGGACAGCGCCAUGGGCUCGACACCUCAGGAGCUCCGCGCCAUUCUGCUCGCGCUCCAAUCCUUCGACGGCCCCGCAGGCCUCGCUGGCCACGCGGUGUGUGUCCUUACCGACUCGCUCAACGCCUCCAACGUCAUUAACAAGGGCUCUGCGCGCGCCGACAACUCGCACGCCAUCGCUUGCACCCUGCACGGCUACUGCUUCGAGCGCGCCAUCAACAUCCGCGCCGAGUGGAUCCCGCGGGAGCAGAACCAAAUCGCGGACCACCUGUCCAAGCUGCGCGACUCGGACGACUGGAUGGUGAACCCUACCCAGUUCAAACGCCUCAACAAGCUGUGGGGGCCGUUCGACAUCGACCUCUUCGCCUCCCACACCAAUCACCAGCUGCCUCGUUACUACUCGCGCUUCCUCACACCUGACACGUCGGGAGUGGACGCCUUCCGCUUCGCUUGGGGCCGGCGCUGCUGGGCUAACCCGCCAUUCGGAAUCAUCCUGAAAGUGCUGCGGCACGCCCGGGAGUGCAAGGCCCGCCUCUGCCUCAUCGUGCCGUACUGGCCGACUCGCGAUUGGUGGCCGGAGGUGACCACCGACGAAGGCUCGCGCUUCUGCCACUUCGUGCACGGCGUGCGCAUGCUGGGCCGCGCGUCCAACCUCUUCCUGCCGGGCUCCACCGGCAACUCGCUGCCCAAGGGGGCGGCGGAACUAGGCCUGCGGGCGCGGGCGCUGCUGCCCGGUAGCCACGCCGCGGACACGGAGUGCCAGGCGCUGGCCGCGCAGCUGGCCGAGGAGGCACCGCUGUCUCGGCGGCCGGCGACGCACAGCCAGUAUGGCGGCCCGUGGCGCAGCUUCCUGGCCUGGUGCCGGCGGCGCGCCCCGCCGGUCCCACCCUACGCCGCCUCGCCGCAGCUGGUCGCCCUCUAUCUGCAAUCGGUCCUCAACUCGGCCACCGCGGACGGGUCCGGCCCUAGCCGAGUCGACGUAGCUGGCAAGGCCAUCGCCUUCCACUACAGCCUGGCGGGCCUGCCCAACCCAGCCGCAGCGGAAAGCUGCGCAAACGUGCGCGCCACCGCGGCCCGGCGGCUGCAGGUGCAGCGCUUGCAUCGGGAGGCCAUGUCCGCCGCCGACCUGGCGGCGGUCCUGUGCGCCCACGCCGGGCCCGGCGCCCCGCUGCUGCGCCUCAUGAUGGCCACGACCGUGGCCCUCAUGUUCUACGGUUUCCUGCGGUUUGACGACAUGGCGGAGGUCAGCGUUCACGCCGACCUGCUGCUCAUCACGCCCCGCCACAUGGCCAUUUUCAUCCCCCGGUCCAAGACCGACGUGGCCAUGGACGGUCAGUGGGUGCACAUCGCCCGGCUGCCCCACCUAGGCGGUUUCUGCCCCGUGGCGCUCACGGAGCGGCUGCUGCGCCAAGGCGCCUACCGCCGCCUUCCGGCGGCGGCCGAUGAGGACGUCGGGCCGCUGCUCCGUACGGUGCAGUACACGGCCGCCGGCGGCCGGCUGCAGCGCCUGGUGGGCACGCGGGCUUCGCCGGUGUUCAGCAUGUCUUACGGCGCUUUCCGCUCCAACUUCCUGGCCCGCCUGCGGGAGGCGGGCGUCUCGGGCAACAUCAAGCCGCACUCGAUGCGCAUUGGUGGCAACAGCGCCGCGGCUGACGCGGGAGUUCCGGCGUCCCUGCGGCAGGUGCACGGCCGCUGGAAGCCCGCCACUAUGGUCGGUCACUACACACGCCCCACCCUCGAGGACACCCUCGGUGUCACCCGCGCUAUGGGCCUCGCUGGAGGAUCGCUCGGCCCUUCCGGCGCCGGCGCCUCCGGCAUCCGUGCUGUUGCCUCGGUGUCGCCGCCGGUUCGCGCGGCCGCCGGCCCUCGGCCCGCCGCCGUGGUUUUGGCGGCGCCGCCGGCUGGCGGCUUGGCCGCUGGCGCGGUGGCGCCUUUGGCGGCGCCCCGGGCGCUGGUGCUUCGUGGCGUGGGCCGCUCGUCUCGCCGGGGCGUCACGCGUGGCGUGCGGGUUGCUCGUGGUGUUCGGCUCGCCGUGUCGGGCCGUCGGCGUUCGAGUUAGCUUGUUGGCUGCGCUUUGGUUGCGGUGGCUCCGUUCUGUGGCUGUGUUGUUGUUUGCUGCUGUUCGGUUUUGUUGCUCGGGUGUGGCGUGUGUUGUCGCGGCGUUCGCCCGCCUUGCGCCGUCUCUGGUCGUCGGGCCUGUGUGCUGCUUUCGGUUCGGUUGUCUUUUGCUUUUUUGUGUUGCUUUCGUUCCGGCGCGUCGGCGUCGCGCGGGCGCUCUUGCGCCCUGGGCUUGUGUGUGUUGGCUCUCGCCGCUUGUAAGGCCCUCCUCCU